AUGUACGCUAGAUUUUUAUCACUCGCUGCUCUCUCUACCACUAUGCUCGCACCUGCUGUCGCUCAUCUGUUCUACCAAGGCGCAGCCGACAGCGUCACGACGCUCUUCAUCCCCCACCGCAACCCUCAAGCAAUCGCCGCGCUAGAGCUUGGAUCUAACGACGGCCUUACGACCUACUCUCUAGGCUCCGGCGCACCGAGUGGAGUCUAUCGGUUCAACAACCUCCCCGACAUAGUGACGUACAUCACCGGCCUGACCGAGGUGCACUACACCGCGACCGACGUCUUCGCGGACACCGAAACCCAGGACUGCGUGCUCCCCGGCGACGGCGACGGGACGUGCACGAUGGUGGCCUCCUUCCGGUCCGGCUUCGCGGACGUCGUCUCCACGAAGGUCUACACCCAGACCGCGCUCGCGUUCGACGUGCAGCUCGUCACGGGGAGCAUCAACGCGACCGGCACGUUCAGCACCACCGCGACGCCUACCGCGACCGCUGGGGCCUUCACGCUCGAGGUGCCGGCCGGAGCGAGCGUCACGCGGCCGUCCACCGCGGCGGGGCCAACGCAGAGCGGCUCGGGUGGUAGGAGCGGUGCGAGUGGGGUCCGCGUGCCUGUGAUUUUGUUGGGGGCUUUGACGGUCGGGGCGGCGGCGUCCUACUUGGUAUGA